AUGAUGAGUACGGUGAGUCUGGCUCUGGUGCUGGGUGGCCUGGUGGCUGCACAGAUAGCAAAACACUGGAGUCGCAAGUGGCUUCUCAUUGCACUCCACUUCCCAAUAUUUGCUUCCUGGCUCAUGAUCACAUACCCAGUAAACUUUUCCAUGUUCAUUGUUGCUCGUGUUCUUGGGGGAUUCUUCUUGGGUAUUCGAGACCCCAUUGCUCAGCUGUAUGUAGCAGAGAUUGCACACAAGGAUCAAAGAGAGUCACCUACUUUCCUCCUCUUACACAAGAGGCAUGAAGAGGCAGCUGCAGCCCUAAGAAAGCUUCAAGGCCCACAUUAUGAUGUCACAAUGGAAAUGGACCAAGUCAUCAAGCACAUCAAAGAAUCCCAAGAAACAAGAUCUCAUUUCAGAGAUAUUUUUCAAUGGAAUUAUCUAAAACCAGUUGGGUUAGUGGCACUGAUGAUGCUGUUUCGUCAAAUGACAGGAAUAUAUGUUGUACUCAACUUCACAGUUGAUAUUUUUGAGGCUGCUGGAGAAGGAUUUGCUGAUUCACAUGUUUCAACUAUCAGUGCUGGGGCUGUACAAUUUGUAUUUCUCAUCAUCUCAAGCCUCCUCAUGGACCGUGUAGGGCGUAAACGCCUCACAAUCAUCUCCUCCUUCCUCAUGGCCUUUGCCCACUUUGGCUUUGGACUAUACUACUACUUCCUCGACAAUGAACUGCACCUGGAAACUCUGAAAAGCCUCUACUGGGUCCCCAUUGUUACACUGUGUCUAUUUGUGGCAGAGUUUUCCUUGGGAAUGAGUUCAGUAGUGUUUGUGCUUCUGGUAAUAGCCCAAUACAAGAGAUCAUUGACCCUUCUUCAACCAAUUCACAUGCUCUGGCAGCUUUCCCAACUCAAGAGGCUCAGUCACAUGCAAAAUCCUGCAUUCCUCCCUUUUAACUCAGUGGAGAUGUAUCCAUCAGACAAGGGAUGA